CGUUCAUUUUCAAAACUAGUUGAUUCGAACGUGUAGAGAGGAGUAGACGUCUCCUUGCAAGAACUUUGUGUACGUGUUCGAACACGAAAUUAAAAAGUUUUUGCUUUAAUGCAAAGUGUAAGACACUAGUUUGUAGUGAUGUAAUUAACUAAAAAACUAACUUAGAUUAUAUCUUGUGUAAAAGUAAUAGAUUUUUAAGAAUUUUUAGCCGAAGAAAGUGUUAAGUGUUGCGAAGAUGUGUAAAUUCCUGGUUUCUGGUUUUGUUGUAAUAUUUUUCGUGAAUCUAUGUGAUGCUAUCAAGGAGCGAUGCAACCAGCAAGAAGAUCUCUUGCAAAGGUGUUCCAUGGCCCUCCCCGUGCUGAGCUCGAGAGAGAUAUCGUUCGCACUCACACAAGAGGAAUUAGACAAAAGUUGUGUUGAACUGCGCUCCGGGAUAAGAUGCAUAGACAAUUACACGACCGUCUGUAUGGAGAAGCACGAGCAAGUCGUGUUCAGGCGGAUAUAUUCUGGCAUUACUGACGUGGUGCAGGACUUGUGUACCCGCGGGAAGUACCAGGACGAGUACUUGAAGCAUGCUACUUGCGUGAAGCACGUCAGGCCAGAGUAUGAGAAAUGCAGCAAGCGAUACGAAGUGACGCUGACCACUCUCAGCGAUUCUCACAAGACAGAGCAGUAUCAAACUGAUCAUGAUAACUCGGCGAGUCACGAAGAUUAUCUGCGCACUGUUUGUUGUUCAUUCCAAGAGUACUUGAGGUGCUCCGAGCAAACCGUGCAGAGCUCGUGUGGCGACGACGCUGCCCUCUUCACCAGUGCGUUCCUGAAACGAAUGGCUUCCAAUAUUAUCAAGAACUUUUGCCUGGAGUACCGGGGCCACGAGUGUGGGCUACCAGACAAAGCUACAAGCAGCAAUUACAGCCUGGUGCUGGUCACUGUCGCUGUAUUCGGGAACCUACUGGUCUACCUAUCUGGUGCGUUAGUUCCCACGUAAAUCGCAACGAGUUUAGGUCAUGUUUAGGUAAAGUAGAACGCUGUAGCGGUUAAAAACUUAAUAUUGUUCCAGAAGUGGUUGCGUGGUGCAACGAGCACUGAACUGUAAAUAAUGAAUGUAUGAGUUACAGUUCCUCUAGCAAGACUUAUUUAUUGUAGUUGCAUGUGAUUACACUUGUUUGAAUGUUUGUUUUUGUUUUAAUGGAAGCAUUACGGCUAAUAGUAGGCGCCAUGAAAAUGUUCGUGACAUUUUUUUAUAAUAGCGAUUAAUAAAUGAUUGGGUUUGUGAUGAUCGUUUCAUACAUAAUAGAUACCUACAAAUUGCAUUCAAAAAUACCAAAAGUAUUGUCAGCCGUAAUGUUUUUUUUACAAAAUGCAUAGUGGUUUUUUGUAUGUGUCUUUUUAUUGUUUUACCAUACCUUAAGUAUUGGGUUUCAAUUUAUGAGAUUUAAUUUUGUGUAAUAGUAAGAAUACGUUUGAUAAGUUGUUGUAUAAUUCAGUAAGAAUGGUGUUUCUAAGUCUAAACUAUGAUAAUUAAAUCUUACCAAUGAAUAACAGGGUACCAACCACCAACCAUUUUGGUAUCCAGACUUUUGUCUUAUCUGCAUCGAAAAAAUCAUUAAAACCUUGUAUUAAUACGGGACAAGUGUCAUACUCGUAUAGCUAGAAAUGUCAGGUGAAACCGCGGAAUAUCGUGUGAUGUCGCCAAUAGUCUUUUGUGUGACUUUUUGUACAAAUUGUCGUUGGCUGGUAUGUGCUAUGUGUGAUAUCACACUGGUCGCGAUAAAGUUAGUUGUCCACUAGAGAAUAUUAGGUUUAAAACGAAUUAUGUUGAGUAUUUUAAUCUUUUCAUUUAUUUUGUUUAUAUGCCAAAAGAGUGUGAAAUGCAUACUUUGCACAAUACAUGGGGAUAUAACUUAUUCUACCUUAAUGCAGUAUUGCCUUCUAUUAUGAAUACUUACAAAUACAUAAUUACUAAUACGGCAAGUAACAUGUUUAAGCUAUAAAUUAGUGUAUUUUAUGUUAGCGCGAUGCAAUUUAUAGAUGUUCGUCGUAGCGUAUUGAAAUUCAUUGGCGUGUACAUAAAUGAUAUUGAAUACAGUUUUUUAUUGAGCUCAGAAAUUAGCGUUAAGAUUUAGAUUGUAUUUCGUUUUCAUCAUAUAUUUUCUUAACUUUCAUUACAUUAGUGUCAUUUUCUUUAAUUAAAGUGUUCAAAAUUGAUUGUUAAAAAAUAAAGAGAUUUUUUCCAAUUUGUUUUGUAACGUUAUCACGAUUAUAAUCGUCUUUUAGCUCAGAACAUCCUGUGAUAGUUUUAAUCGAAUAAUUGUUCUUUGUUUAAUUGUUAAUUAAUAUUUUAAAAUUAUGUUUACAGUUUUUUGAACACAAUAUGUGUGUAUAAACUAUUAUGAGUAAUAGUUAUUAAAAUAUUUAUUAAGUAAUAAAAAUAUUAUUAAUAAAUUGUAUACUUAUUUACUUAUAAAAAUCUAUAGACAACAGCCAGUUUAUAGGUACUUAAGAAAAUAUUUCGAAUUUAAAUUAAAUAUAAUAUUAUGUUUUGCCAAUUUAUUUUAGUGUUACAUACCUAAUGUUAAUAUAAAUUAGUUUACGAAGUCCGCUCUCGAACAUAUUACUUAGUUCUAGGCAUAUUAAUUUUAAGUAGUCAUCUUUUGUCCCAAACCAGGGACAGAGUUUUGAAGUGGCAUCUUUAUAGGUAAAUCAUAACUUAUAUUAUCUACAUAUCAUUGUAUAUCAUAUUAUUAUUAGAAACAUCCAGAAUGUUUUAUCUACCAAAUGAGCACUUGUGAUAAAUCCACCGUACAAGACCAGGUCACCUGUUUGCGAUCACCAAACGGAUUACAAUUUUAAAGCAGUGUGCUUACCAUGAGUUUACGUUAGGUGUGCUCGCUAGCGAGUACGUCAAAAAUCUAUGAAGAUUUUAUUUCUUGAAAGUAGCCGCUAGGGGCGCUGCACACUAUGUCAUACAUUUAUUGUCAUUUUUUUACGCAGUCGCUAGCGAGCACACCUAACGUGAACUCAUGGUAAGCACACAGAGAACAAUAAGUAUACCGAUUACCGACACACUUACAAAACUAAAAGAAGUAAUGAAUAAAUUUCUAUGAAUACAAUAUGUACAAGUAUAUUGGUGAUAUGCUCCUCUAAGUAUUUUCAAUUGUUUUUGUAGUGAAUCGUCGUUCAGACGGGAAUAUGUAGGUGAACGCAAAUAGGCGACAUUACCCUAAUAAGAUCUUUUCAACGAAU